AUGUGCCCCCUAAUGGAGUUCGUCAGUUGCAUCCGUACGAUCAAUGAAGGAGCAGACAAAGAUGAUGAUGAGCUUGGUCUCUGCAAGGUCCAGAUCGAAGAUGGGUGCAAGUUGGAAACAUUGGAUGAAAUUAGUUUUUUAGAGGUUAGGAUAAAAAGUAUGACAGUGAGCGAGGGUACGGGUAUCUUUUCCAAAAGUAGUUUUGGAAUCAAUGAUGUGCGGAUCUUUACUGGAGAGAGUAUCGAUGAAAGGUCCAAGAAAUAUGUGUGGUAUGAACUGCUUAAAAUGUUGACGGGCCACAAGGUUUACUUUGCGUCCUUAGAUAACAAAAUCAUAUUUACUAAGUGGGCAUGUAGAAUGCAAGAUAAUAAGGUGUGGAAGGUAGUUAUGGAGUUGGAGUCAUCGGGAAUUAUAAGAAGAAUUGCUGAAUUCACCUUACAUGCAGUCACAAAGGGGGAGAUUGAUUUAUUUGAAAUGGCUGAAAAACUAUAUCAAGGUAUAUGUUAUGUUAACGACUCGUACCGAAAGAUAAAAGAAAGUGACUAUAGCAAUAGAAGUCGAGUCGAAGAACUGACCCAAGAAAGGGAACUAUUGGAUAAGCUUUUAGAAGAGCGCGAUAAGAAAACCAGAGCAAUGAUGGUGACUCUGUUGAAUGAGAAGAAGAAGAGAAUAAGGGAACUUCAUGGGAUUCUCCAGCGAAAUAAUAUCAAAGUAUCUGAUGGAGAUAUUUCAGAUUCUGCGCUUAUCAACUUGGAAAUAGCAAAUCCGAUUUCUGAGUUGAAUUCUCCAGGUAAGAGAAUGAACCGAAGAAGGAUAGUAGAACCUCAAAACUUGAACGGGAAGUUGCAAGAUGCUAAGCGAAGAAGAGUUAGUAGCAAAAUGACACACCGAUCUGCGAUCAAGGAGGAGGAGGAUGAUUUUGAUGACUUUCAAUUUUUUGGACUGUCAAAGAGGCCAGUUAUUUCUAAAAAAAGUAAACUCAGUGAAAACGAGGACGAUACCAUCUCGCUUGGAAACGAUGUAAGAUCAACAAGUUCCCUGUCUGAUAGUAGUGAUGAUAAUCUGAAACACUUAGUGUCCUUAGAAGACAAUGAGAUUCAAUUAUCAGCAGACAAAAUGAACGAAGUUUAUGGCAGAGUUUCUGAGUCUGAAUCUGAGACUGAAACAAGUCCAGAAGAAAAGAAGAGCCCGAACAAUAGCGAACAAGAUAGUAAUGAAAUGCAAUUUUGUUCGCAGACAGAGUCGGAAACGGAUAUAGAAACGUAUUCCAGCCAUGGAUGA